AUGCAGGCCGUCGUCGCCGCGCAUUUCAUCCGCCAGCCCGCCGCUGCGCUCGCCGCCGCUGCGGCUGCGCUCCUUCCGCGCGCGUGCACGGCGGCGCCCGCCACAGAGCGCGGGGAUGGCGUCUUAGCGGAGGAUGACUGCGACUUGGAAGGCGGUAGCAGUCGGAUGGGGGGCGCGCGCGUAUGCUGCACUGGCAAGCAAGGCGCGGAGGACGCGGAGAUGCGGAGCUGGGCGGACGAGGAGAGGGGCGCAUUUGGGGAGGCGGGUGGGGGGGAGGGAGAGGAAACGCGGGUGUACGAGGAGACGACGCCGCUGGAUAGCGCGCUGGACGUGGUACAGAUGAUGGUGGUUACCACCGUCGCCGCGCUGAUCGCGAACGCCAUUCAGGCCAUCACCAUGGGGCUCUGCCACCUGCUCUCCGCCGCUGACUCCGCCAGGACGUUCGUGAUCUGGUGGCUGGCGGACUUCGCGGGCGUCAUCUGCUUCCUGCCGCUGCUCACCUACUCGCUCUGGUCCGCGCGCCACUGGAUCGUGCGCCCCAUCCGCCAGCGCGGAUGGCGCUCAGGGUACGCUUGCACCUGCCUGCUGCCCGCUGACGCCCCCCACCACUGCCGUCACUGCCUUGAGACACUGUCGCACGUCAUCCCGCCUGCUGCGCUCUGUGCUCUGCUCCGUUCCCCUCGUUUCGCCACUCCUCCCUGUGCUCUGCAUCUCGCCUUGCCGCCACCCUUGCUGCCCUCGUACCUCAAAGCCGUGCGCCAUGUGCGCCUGGUAGAGGCGGGGGCGCUGGUGGGGCUGCUGGCGGUGCUGCUGCUGCUGCUCUUCACGCCCGUGCUCGACUCAGAGGAAUGGCUCGUCGCCCUGCCCUACCUCUUCUUCCCUCUCCUCAUGUGGUCUGCCGUGCGCUUCAAUCGCCUGUACGCCACCAUCCACUCCUCCCCAACGUCCCCUCCAUCUGUCGUCCUUUGUCUCACCAUGAUCGUCUGCCCUGUCAUGCAUGUUCCCCGUGCUCUUCUCAUCACCCACCCCUUGCUCCCCUCCUGCCCUCUCUUCCUGGCGUGUGUGGUGUUUGUGGUGGCGGCGCUGACGAGCUUCGCGACGGCGCGUGGGUGGGGGCCGCUGCAGCGGUCGACAGCCAUGGCGUCGGAGCUGCAGGCGCAGGGGCUCGUGUGCGUGCUCUCCGUCGUGGGCGUCGUGCUGGGCGCCGUCGUGCGCGACACACGGCGCCUGCGACGGCAGCUGAGGGCCAUGAACGCCACGCUCGAGAAGCAAGUGCUGCACCGCACGCUGCAGCUCACUCUCACCAACCAGGCACGCAAGGGGGGAGGGCGAGGGGGGCUGGGGCACGGGGGAGUCCCCUGUCAUGCAUCAUGCGCGCGCGCCCUUGCUAUGCCCACCUGUGCUCCUCUCCCCGCCACGUGGCAGGAGUUGGAGGCUUCCAAGAAAGCAGCAGAAGCGGCCAACCAAGCAAAGACGGAGUUCCUGGCGAACAUGAGCCAUGAGAUCCGCACGCCCAUCCACGGCAUCAUGGGCAUGACGCGAGUGGCGGCAGACACGCUUGCCUCGCUGCAAGCGCUGCUCGUCCCGCGCGCAUGCGUCAGUAAACCCCACAGGGGCGCGCAUGCCACACCCGCCAUGGGCAAGCACACGGACAAAAGGGAGGGAGCAGGAGCAGCUGGUUGGGGGCGCACGGGAGGGGCAGGAGGCGGGGUGGGGGGGGAGUGGGAGGAGGCGCAGCGGCUGGUGGGGGACGUGAGUUCGCACUUGGACACGGUGUUUGAGUCCGCCAGUGCGCUGCUGCACAUCGUCAACACCGUGCUCGACGUCGCCAAGAUCGAGGCUGGCCGCCUGCUGCUGCAGCGCAAGCCCUUCCGCCCCAGGGAGGUCGUGCUCUCCGUGCUCCACGCCCUGCAGGUGCAAGCGGCGCAGAAGCGAGUGGCCCUGGCGUGGGACAUAGCGCCCGAGGUGCCGCGCACGCUUGUGGGCGAUCCCGUGCGCCUGCAGCAGUGCAUCAACAACCUUGUGGGCAACGCCAUAAAGUUCACGCACAAGGGCUUCAUAGAGGUGGCCGUGCACCUCUGCUCCUCACAUGCUGCUGCCCCCACUUCCCACCCCAAGCACCUGCUCGACGCAGAUGCUGUGGCCGAGAGCGUGCGCAGUUAUGCUGCUGCGGACAUUGUUAGGGGUGGGCGCGAGGAGGACGGGAAUGCAGGAGGGAGUAUGCAUGGAGGGGCCGGGGAUCUAGAGGCGGGUAAUUUAUGGCUGUCGGAGGGGCAGGAGAGCAUGUGUGAGGAUGGGAAGGAGAGGAGUCCGUCAAGCAGAGAGUUUGAUGGGGGUUCACCAUGCAGUAGUGCUGCAGCAACAGGCGCAGGGGAUGCAGGGGGUGCAGGGGGUGCAGGGGGUGCAGGGGGUGAGUGGGAGCCAUGUGGCAGGGCAUCUGAUAUGGUGUAUGCGAGACACACAGGCGGGGAGCAAGGCGACGUGCAGCACGCACAGCAGCACGACCACACGCAGUGGCAGCACCGCACUCCCACACACGCACGCUCGCCCGCCGCUGCCCUGCCGCCUCUCUUUGUGGGAGGCAGGUCGCAGUGGCAGCAGGUAGCAGCAGUGCGCAUGGUGCCCUCGCCCCUCUUCCGCUCCUCCAGUGACCCACAUGCCAUUGCACGCUACCUGCAAGCCAUGAGGCAGCGCCUCACAGACGUCUCUCGCCCCGCCGCCACUGCUGCCUCACCCAUGCCUGCUGCCUCCACCCCUCCUCCUCCUCCUCCCCCCACCGCCGCCGCUCCUGCUGCCUGUACAGCAGGCGGUGCUUCCCCCAGUUACAGCCUGUCUCAGCGGUUGUUGGUAGCGGGGAAGCGAAUGGGGGGGGCGUUGGGGGCUGAGUGGGCAGGGAUGGGGGAUGUGCUGGCAGGCGGUGGCGACUGGGCAGGGGGCGCUGGUGACGUUGGUGGUGGCGGUGGAGGGGAGGGGCAGAGAGAGGAGGGGGCGCAGAGGCACAGUGAGCGGUGCCAGCAGCCCAGUCGGCCGCUCUGCAUCUCCUCCUCGCCCUCCUCGCCUUGCUUCCCCGCCAACCCUCCCUCCCAUCCCACAUGGUCUCAGCGCCAGCCGCACGUGCAUCACCAGCACAGCAACACGCACUCAGGCAUUCUCUUCCACUCGCAGCCGCUGCCGCCUUCCUCUGCCCACCUGCCCUGCGCUGUUGCUGCUGCUGCUCCCCACGCUGCUGCCAGCACAGGUGACGGCGAGGCAAGGGGCAUGCCGGUGCAGUUGAGGCAUGCUGGACGGUGCAUGUCCGCCGGUUCUCGGGAUGCCCACGCUGGUGCUGCCGCUGACAGUGCUGCUUCUGCUGCUGUUUCCGGCGAAGGGAGGGCGUGGGAAGAUGGGGGAGCUGUGCUUGACAGUGCUGUGAGUGCGGGAGCAGCAACAGGUGCGGAGAGGCUGAAAAUCAGGGGGUGGUCAGCGGAGUGGGGCAGGCUGGUGAAGGGGCGCGGGGCUACUGGGCGAGGAGGGGGUGUGAGGCGAGGCGAGGAGUGGGUGCCUCUGACUACAGGGUGUGGGGAAAGGAGCGAGGGGCGUGCGAGUGAUUUGAGUGGCGGCAUGGAAUUAGGGGCGAACAGGGGAGCCAAGGGCGGAUGGGGAGGCGCUGGUGCUGGAGAGGCAAGGCUGGGAGCAGCACUAGGCGGACGUGCACCAGCAGCAGCACCAACAUCAACAUCAGCGUCAGCGUCAGCAUGGGCUUCAGCAUCAGCAUCAUCUGCAUGCCAUGGGUCGUCCAGCAGCCAGCAACAGCUGUUGCGCCUCUCCUCCUGCCACGCCCUGCCUACCUCGGCGCUCAGUGCCGUUGCUGCUGCUGCGCCUGCGGACCCACACGACAGUGCAGGGCACGCAGGGGACGAAGAGGAUCCGGCAGCAGCAGUGGUGCUGCGCCGCGCGUCUACAGGGACCAAGGUGAAGCGGCGCCUGGCAGGGUCCGGAGGGGCGGGCAGGGGCGCGCAGGGGUAUGGGGGAGGCCGCGUGCAGCCGUGGGGCGAGGAGGGGGUAGGGGGGCAGUCGGCACGGUGGGAGGAGAUGCUGCGGGGGCGUGGGCGAGCAGAGGUGCUGGCGCUGGCACGACAGCUGUGCAGCCGCGCUGGGAGCUCCAUGGAGUUCAUUGGAGGGGUCAGCGCUAUCAGACCCGACGCUGCUGGUGCUGGCGCUGGUAGUGGCUCAGGGGUGGGCGAGAGGGAGGCGGGUGUGGGCGGUGAGUGGGGUGCAGUGGCGGACAGUGGCGUGUGGCCCUCGCCUGCCAGGUGCUGCCAUGCUGAUGGCUGUUGGCACGGCGAGGCGGCGGCAGCAGCAGCAUCACCACCGUUGCUCACUGGCAUACCAUCAGGCCAGGCACACAGGGCGUUCACCCUACCGCCCUCGGCUGCCCACCCUGGUGCACCUGGGAGUGCAGAGUCAGCCCCACCGUCCCCGUUCCUCGGUGCUGCCGUGCCUGCAGCAGCGGCUCUUCAAGGGCCCACCACCCCACUGCACUGCCCUGCACCGCUGCUCUCAAUGCCGUCCCUGCCGUGUGACCCCUGCGUGCACCACGCUUACACCGACUCUGCUGUCAGUGCGCUGAACCCUUCUCCUGAGGUCGGUGGCGACUCACGGAGGCAGCCCUGGAAUGCUGCACAGCAGGCAGAAGAGGACGACCAGGAAGGAGAAGACGAGGAGGAAGAGGAGGAGGAGGAGGAGGAAGAGGAGGAUGAGGAAGAAGAGGGGGAGGCGGAGGAAGUGGGGGAGGAGGUGUGGGUGCAGGUGUCGGUGCGGGACACGGGCAUCGGCAUAGAGCGGGCGGUGCAGGGCGAGAUAUUCAAGCCCUUUGUGCAGGCCGACACGUCCUCCACGCGCAUCUAUGGCGGCACCGGCCUGGGCCUCAGCAUCGUGCACAAUCUGGUAUCGCUCAUGGGCGGCACGCUACACCUGGCGAGCCAGCUCGGAGCAGGCUCCACCUUCACCUUCACUGCGCGCUUCUUCUCCCUGCCCUCCUCGCACCCCUCUGCACCCGCCUCCUCCAUGCCCCAACCCACUCAGCCGCACAAUGCGUCCCCACCUGCUUGCCCACAACCCGGUGACACCUCUCGUGCCCCGUCCAGCUCCUCUUUAUUGAUCGCCUUCUCUCCUUCCCCUCCUCUCGCCACCUCGUCGCCUCCCCACUCUCAAAUUCCUUCCGCCUCAGCCGUGACACCUCAGCCUUACUCCCCACCCCCGCCUACUAAUGCUGCUGCUGCUGCCUCGAGUCAACCAGGCGCACCGUUUGACUCCACCCCUUCCUGUGUCCAUUCCGCCGCCACCACCACCACCACCCCUGCUUCCUCUGGCCAAAUGGCCACCACCUUGUCUGCCUCUGUCUCAUGUGUUGCACCCCAUGCAGUCCUCAUUCCAUCACUGCCCACGCCGCCCUCCUCUCAUCGCCCAGGCACUGCCUCCAUCCCCCCAGGCUCACUUGCUCUGCCUCAUACCGUCCCAGCAGAACCGGGUGCAGCAGCAUUGGUUGUGCCGCCCCCAGCACCAGCAUCAGCUGCAUCGCACAUGCAUGACCCAGGACAUAACAAGCCUCAGAAUCCUCCUCCCCUCACAUCCACUCCAACUCCUGCUGCUCUUUCCCCUGCUCCUUGUGCUCGCCUUUCCUCCACCUCUGCCGGGAGUGGCAGAAGCAGUGAGGACAGCACUGCAGGGGCUGACCAGUCGGUGCUGGGAAAGGCAGGAGGGGGUAGGGGUAUGGACACAGCAGGCGAGGCAGGGCCGAGAAGCAGAGGUGGGGGUGCGAGCAAGGCGGCGGCGGGGGGUGGCGGGGUGGAGACGUUAUCGGGGAUGCGCAUUCUACUGGCGGAGGACAACGUGGUGAACCAGAAGGUGGCAAUGCACCUGCUGCGCAAGGCAGGCGCUGUGGUCACGGUGGUGGGUGAUGGCAAGGCUGCUGUGGAUGCCGUCACUGCCGCCCAUGAUGCAUUCCAUGUGGUUCUCAUGGAUAUUCAGGUGGGGCUGUUACAUGUGCUCUCACUCCCCCGUUGCUCUCUCUCCCCCCUUGCUCUCACUCCCCCCUUGCUCUCGCUCCCCCCUUGCUCUCACUCCCCCCUUGCUCUCACUCCCCCCUUGCUCUCACUCCCCCCGUGCUCUCACUACCCCCAUGCUCUCGCUCCCCCCUUGCUCUCGCUCCCCCCUUGCUCUCGCUCCCCCCUUGCUCUUGCCCUUGCUCUCACUCCCCCCUUGCUCUCACUCCCCCCGUGCUCUCACUUCCCCCUGUGCUCUCACUCCCCCCUUGUUCUCUCUUCCCCUUGCUCUCUCCCGUCCGUCCCUCUACUGCAUGUCUCCGCCCCUCGCUCACCUGUCUCUUUCUCCUCUUUCUCGCUCUAG